AUGGUCUCCGAAGCAACACACGGUGGCACGCACCUCGAUGCGCCGCUACACUUCCACAAAGGUGGCUGGUCUGUGGCAGACAUUCCAAUUGAGCGUCUUAUGUACCUGCCCAUCGCGAAGCUAGACAUCCGGUCGAAGGCGGAAGCUGACCCCAACUAUAGCGCCACUGUGUCCGACAUAAAUGACUGGGAAAGCCGUCAUGGAAGAGUACCCAAUGGCAGCUACUUUAUUUUGCAGACGGGACAGUCGAGGUUCUGGCCCAAUCGCACAGCUUACAUGGGAUUGGACGAGAACGGAGACCGGCACUUUCCUUCGCUCUCUGUUGAGGCGGCCACGUUUCUGACAACGGAGCGAAACCCGUACGCGAUGGGCCUGGAGGGGCCGUCACUGGACCAUUUCCCUGGAGUCAGCGUGCACGAAAUACUUGCCGCCGCUAGCGUGUACAGCACCGAGUAUCUGGCCGACCUGUCAUUGGUGCCUGAAACAGGGGCACUAGGCAUUGUUCUUCCGAUGAGAAUACCCGGAGCAAGCGGAGCACCUGUCCGCCUUGUGGCGACAAUACCGUGA